GAUUCCAGCUGCAAGUGUUGUGGGGUUAAUGAUGCCCAGGUUGGGCAUCCCGGCCCGCCGGCCACGUGGAGACCUGCACUGCACACGCGCAAACCGAGCACCCGCGUCAAAAGACGGAGAGAGCGCGCGCUCCCCACGUCCUGCGUGUCCGGCUGCCAGGCUUCCGUCUGUGCCGCGACUCCCUCCGGGCCGGGCUGGCGCGCCCGCGUCUGAAGAGCGAUGCCCCGGGAGAUCAUCACCCUGCAGCUGGGCCAGUGCGGCAACCAGAUUGGGUUCGAGUUCUGGAAACAACUGUGCGCAGAGCAUGGGAUCAGCCCCGAGGGCAUCGUGGAGGAAUUCGCCACCGAGGGCACUGACCGCAAGGACGUCUUUUUCUACCAGGCAGACGAUGAGCACUACAUCCCCAGGGCUGUACUGCUGGACCUGGAGCCCCGGGUGAUCCACUCCAUCCUCAACUCCCCCUACGCCAAGCUCUACAACCCAGAGAACAUCUACCUGUCAGAGCACGGAGGAGGAGCUGGCAACAACUGGGCCAGUGGAUUCUCCCAGGGUGAGAAAAUCCAUGAAGAUAUUUUUGACAUCAUAGAUCGAGAAGCAGAUGGAAGUGACAGCCUAGAGGGCUUUGUGCUGUGUCACUCCAUCGCUGGGGGCACGGGUUCUGGCCUGGGCUCCUACCUCCUGGAGCGACUGAAUGACAGGUACCCCAAGAAGCUGGUGCAGACAUACUCAGUGUUUCCCAACCAGGAUGAGAUGAGCGAUGUGGUGGUCCAGCCCUACAACUCGCUGCUCACACUCAAGAGGCUGACCCAGAACGCAGACUGUGUGGUGGUACUGGACAACACUGCCCUGAACCGGAUCGCCACAGACCGCCUGCACAUCCAGAACCCGUCCUUCUCCCAGAUCAACCAGCUGGUGUCCACCAUCAUGUCAGCCAGCACCACCACCCUGCGCUACCCUGGCUACAUGAACAACGACCUCAUCGGCCUCAUCGCCUCACUCAUUCCCACACCCCGGCUCCAUUUCCUCAUGACUGGUUACACCCCCCUCACCACGGACCAGUCGGUGGCCAGUGUGAGGAAGACCACGGUCCUGGAUGUGAUGAGGCGGCUGCUGCAGCCCAAGAACGUGAUGGUGUCCACCGGCCGGGACCGGCAGACCAACCACUGCUACAUCGCCAUCCUCAACAUCAUCCAGGGGGAGGUGGACCCCACUCAGGUCCACAAGAGCCUGCAGAGGAUCCGGGAACGGAAGCUGGCCAACUUCAUCCCCUGGGGCCCAGCCAGCAUCCAAGUGGCCCUGUCCAGGAAGUCUCCCUACCUGCCCUCUGCCCACCGGGUCAGUGGGCUCAUGAUGGCCAACCACACCAGCAUCUCCUCGCUGUUUGAAAGUUCCUGCCAGCAGUACGACAAGCUGCGGAAGCGGGAGGCCUUCCUGGAGCAGUUCCGAAAGGAGGACAUCUUCAAGGAGAACUUUGAUGAGCUGGACAGAUCCAGGGAGGUUGUGCAGGAGCUCAUCGAUGAGUACCAUGCAGCCACGCGGCCAGACUACAUCUCCUGGGGCACCCAGGAGCAGUGACUUCCUCACGACUCCCCUGGAUAGUAAGCACCUUCCCAUCAUGCUGGUCCCUCUGACCCACAUUCCCUUCACCAGCAACCCUUUUAGGUUCCUCUCCAGCCCAGAAGCUAGCCCUACUCCCUCUCCCAUGCCCUAA